AUGCUAAUCCAAAUGGACAAGGCUUCAUACGAGUUUUCUACAGGCGGCGUCACUAUAACCUUCAGCGCCAUCAUUCUACAGUACGUGCUGAAGCUGAUUCUCGCCGCCCGGUUCACCGUGCGAGCGCAGCGGGUCAACGGCUACAUCUUUGGCGCGGCGUGGUGGGGCUUUGCGCUGAACUUCAUCGCAUACAUAAUUGCUGCUCAUGUCUUCGGCUCCCUCUGGUACCUGCUGGCGUCUGAGCGAGUGGCCACGUGCUUCCAGACGCUGUGCCAGCAGGUCCCCACGUCUGUCUGCAACCCCAAUUACGUGACGUGCCCCGAAGCAUACGAGACAACGACUUCCCAAGUGAGCCCUGCAUGGGCGGCGUGGGGCAGCAAUGCUACCCUCGAGACGACGUGCUUCGAAGGCGAUGGCACGUUCAACUUUGGCAUCUACCACAUGGCACUUCAACUCAUGAAGGAUGGGUCUGCUGUCGCCAAGAUCUUCUACGGCCUCUUCUUCGGCAUCAUGACUCUCAGCUCCUUUGGAAACGCCCUCGUCCCCAGCACCAACUUUGUGGAAACCACCUUCGCGGUCAUCAUGGUGCUGUCAGGUCUCAUGCUCUUCACUCUGCUCAUCGGGAACAUUCAGGUUUUCCUUCACAGCAUCACCUCACGGAUGGAGGAGAUGCAGCUGCGACGGCAAGACCUCACCUGGUGGAUGAACCGUCACCAGUUGCCACCUGGCCUGCAGCGGCGCGUGCUGAGGCAGGAGCAGCAGAACUUCACGGCCACCAGGGGAAUUGAUGAGGAGGGGCUCAUUCGCAGCAUGCCCAAGAGUUUGCGGCGAGAUAUCAAACGCCAUCUGUGCCUUGACCUGGUCAAGCAGGUGCCGCUAUUCCAAGUGGUGGACUCUGCAGCCCUGGAUGCAGUGUGCGAGCGACUCAAACCGCUCAUUCUCAUUCAUGGGACAGAGAUCGUGCGACAAGGCGAGCCUGUGUGCAUGAUGCUGUUUCUCAUCCGCGGCACCAUCCGCAGCACACAUACCAUGAGCCAUGGGACCGCCAGCUCCUGCCUCAUCCGGGAUGGCUAUUUUUAUGGAGAGGAGCUGCUCUCAUGGGGCCUAGGGCAAUCCCCUGACACCAAUCAGCUGCCCUCCGCUACAGCCACUCUCACCACAGUCACAGCUGUGGAGGGCUUUGUGCUGGAAGCAGAAGACCUUCUGUUUGUGACAACGCACUUCAAG